AUGAAGAUCCCGCUGCCCAAGCCCGGGGUUGGGCCUCCAAUUCCAACACAUUCGAAGCCUGUGGGAAAGUCGCAGACGCCGCUGGCUCUUCGCAAGGAUACGAAGGUGAAUGCAACUUUUGGAUUGUGCUCUGCUAGCUCCGCUAGAGCAAGGGCAAGGGAAGCGUCAGAUAUGAAUGAUAUGAAAGAGCUGAAGUUGGUUUCGAAAUCGACUUCGGCUCAGGGGCACAUCCCUUGUGACUUGGACACGGAGGUUGCCACUUUCGACCCAUCAACCGGCCAGUACGCCUGCUGCGGCCAUCAGAACACUUUUUGUUCAGGCUGCGCAUCAUUGGCCUCCAACGGUGCUGCAUGCGACCAGUGCCUUGGGGGUUUCGUGGCUACAGCUUCUGGCUGCGAAGCAUGCAUGGACUUCGAGUGGAGGAGCCGUUCCGGCGAAUCUUGUGCGGACGCAGACUGUCAAGGCGAGAAGGUGAAAGAAGUCUCAGCAAGGGAAGCUUGCUGUAGGUGUGGCGGCGGCCACCGGGCUGCCACUCCCUUCAGUUACUAUGUGGGACCUCUUGUCCUAGCAUCCACCAGCGUUGUUGGGCACCCAGUACCACGGACUGCUUCCGACUACUUUGUGAAUGAUGGUUGCCAACUGCUCCAGUUCGGCUUCACUAUCGACGGCCGUACAGGUGAGUUGAAACUCAAGUCAGGCUGCACUCAGGUGGGCAGUCUGUGCUCACAUUUUGUUCUUUGGGGGAUUGAGGCUAUCGUGUUUUGGAGCUUGUGA